GAGAAAUCUUUUAGGGGUUCUACUUUACGGGCCACCCGGCUGUGGCAAAACUUUAUUAGCGAAAGUGAUCGCGUCAGUAUCAGGGGCCUGUUUCAUCAACCUGGACAUAUCUAGUUUGACCGACAAAUGGUACGGUGAAACACAGAAGUUGACAGCGGCAGUAUUUUCGUUGGCAGCGAAGGUGCAGCCGGUGAUCAUUUUCGUCGAUGAGAUCGAUUCAGUCCUGCGGACACGAGAUUCAUUCGAUCACGAGGCGACUGCGAUGAUGAAAGCACAGUUCAUGACUAUGUGGGACGGCCUCUUGUCGGAUGACGCUUGCCGCAUAGUGGUGGUCGGCGCAACGAAUCGACCAAAUGACGUCGACAAGGCGAUCCUCAGGCGAAUGCCAUGUCAUUUCCACGUCGGCUACCCGAAUGCAGAACAACGGUUGGCCGUGUUGAAGGUGAUUUUAAGGAAAGAAAAGCGAGGUGAUGAUGUCAACCUGGCGGAGAUAGCGGCUAAAGCAGGGGGUGGCGGCAGUGACGACGACAGUGACAACCUGCUUGAGAAAGUCUCUUGCUCUGACUUAAAGGAGAUUUGCAGGCUGGCCGCCUUCCAGCGUGCACGAAGGUAUUACAUUCGACUAUCUUUAGCGCACAUUAAGAAGAGAUUAUUCUUUAAUAAUUUAAAUGUCUGCCACGUUUUUGUUUUUGUUGCCUCUUUAGAAUCGUACAUGUCGUCGAAAGUUGACUGUAUCAUUCGUGUGUUCAGCGUUUUGUCAGAUGCAGUUAUUCGCAACUUUUCUCUACACACUCUUUACGGGGACGUUCCGGCCAAGGAAGCUUGA